CCAAUGUUUCAGCAGCAUACGGCAACAUAGGACUCCUCAACAGCGCUCGGAAACAACACAGACCAGGGGCUUGUCAAAAGGGGAUGGUCGGGAAGUCCGUGUGCGCCUAACGGCAUCUCGAAGUCUCCAGAGGAGUCGAGGACGUUGGGUCGAAAGACAAGCCUACUGCUACACCGACCAUGGCAACCUUCAACCCGUUCGGAGCGCUAGACUCGGAUGACGAGGGCGUCAACUCGGUGACCACCACCGUCACCACAACCGUCACUACCACCACCGCUAAGGGUAGCAAGGGCGGCAAGAAGUCCACCCCCGCGCCGGCGCCGGCUUCUAAGAGCGGUGGCCGCGACGCCGCCGGCCGGGGGGCCCGCAGAGAGGGAGGGCGGGGCGGCGGGGGCCGUGGCGAGGGCAGGGGCAGGGGUGGACGCGGGGGUGGCAGGUAUGGUGAUGGAGGAGGAGACCGUGGACCUGAGCGCGAGAGCUUCGAUGACCGCCGCCGAGAGCGUGGUGGCUACGGCGGUGGCGACAACCGUGACAACAGGGACAACCGCGCCAACAGGAGCGGGUACGCCGGGCGAGAUGGCCGCAACAGGGAGUACGACAGGCGCUCCGGUACCGGCAGGGGCCGCGAGAUCAAGAAGAGCGGCGGCGGCGGUCGCAACUGGGGCAACGACGCGGCGGCCGGCAUGGACAACGCCGCCGCCAACGCGGAGAAUGAAGCCGAGGGAGAUCAAGGUGCCGGUUGGGGAGCCAACGGUUCCGCCGCCCCCAACGCCGAGGACCCCAUGACUGAGAGCGGCGACGGACAGGCCACGGACGGAGGAGAGUCGCCCAAGGAAGACAUGCCCGCACCGCCUGCGCCCGAACCCGAGCCGGAAGAGAUCCAGCUGACCCUGGAUGAGCACCAGGCCAUGCUCGACGCCAAGGCCAAGGAGCUGGCGGACAUGAUCGGAGAAGUGUCCAUCAAGACCGUGGACAACUCCGAGUUCAACGAAGGUGCCAUCCGCAACAAGCAAGAGGUGGAAGAAGAGGGCUACAUGGGCGGCAAGGCUACCAAGACCCGCAAGGUGAAGACUCAGCAGCGUGCCAAGGAGGUCUUCCAAGACGUGGGAUUCCGGGCUCCCGCCAUCAACUCUGGAGGCGACGGCCGUGGCCGUGGUCGCGGGCGCGGCGGCGGCCGUGGAGGCAGAGGCGGCGGAAGGGGUGGAUUCGACCGCGGUGACCGCCCCCAGCGCUCCGGCUACGGGGGGGGUGAAGGCGGAGACCGCGCCGGCGGGGCCCCCGGAAGGGGAGAAGGAGACGAGUCUACCCCUGCUGAGGACGGCGGACCUCACAGGCCUCGCUUCCAAGGCGGUGGCCGUGGUGGCGGCUUCCGCGGCGAGGGCCGUGGCUACCAAGGAGGAGGAGGUGGCUACGGGGAUGGGGGCUACAGGGACGACGGACGCACGAGCGCGCCGCUGAACCUCAAGGAUGAUGAGGCCUUCCCCUCCCUCUAAGAAACCCUUACUCCAAGACGACCACGACGAUGGCACCAUAGGGCAGGCUGCAGGCUGAGUCACGACAAGGCCGCGUCCGCCCCGUCACCCCUGGCCUGUUUCAUGCGGCAACUCGAAUAGAAGUUGUGAAUUUCCUACUCUUUUCUUUUGUGGUUCGUGGUUCGUUUGGGUGAUUUCACCAUCUGCAUAGGCAGACGCUUCGUGAGCAAAGCACGAAGGCUUGUCUCUGUCCUUCUCCUUUGCCGGGCUCGGUCGUUAUGGCGUUAUUCUAAAGACACUUUUACCACUUACAUUUGCUGGGUGGGUGAAGGCGUGAGGGUCUCAUAUCUUGCGAGGGGAGGACAGAAAGAGAGAGGGCGAGAGAGACGUUGAUGCCGGUUGUGGACUCGGCUGGGGUGUCUUUCCUGUAGCUGUAAGGCCGCACGAAGAGGGUUUGGUUGGCGGCUGGAUGGAAACCAAGGGCUUGUGACGGAACAAAGUACGGCGGAGGGGGCUGUGGCCGCGUGCCGCCUUGUCAUUUCGAUUGCACCACUCAUCGAUAGUUUGUGUGUGGGAUGAUGUGAAGGUAUGGUGACUUGUGUCCAAUCUGGCCCCGGGAAGGUGGCGUUGUGUCCCCUCCCUUUCCUCCGAGGAGCAGUUGUGGGUACCGUAGGAACAGCACAUUCCGGCCUUUUUUAGAGUUUAGUGGGGCUAGUUCGUUCGUUCGUGCCGGGGAGUGUUGGGGGGGCGUGUGAGGAGAGGGCGCUUCGAUGACAAUUUUCUCCAAACUCUUGGGAGCAAGUUCGUCAUCGAGAUGGUGUACUUUACGGUGUUUUGGUGUCUGUUUGAUUUAUGCCGGGCGAGCGGGGUAAACGGCAUGGAUCCUUCGACGCGUCCCUGGGAUGGAGGGCCUCGCUGGUUGGUUUGAUAUUUCCAGGUGAAUUGGUUCGUUCAUGAUUCAUUCGGCCGGUGGUGGGUGGAGCGGAGCAAGGGUUGAAGGAAGAGCAUGCUUUGGCUUUGGCAAAAUUGGGCUUCUUGGCGGAGGUAGUCGAGAAACAGGGGUGGAAAAUACAGCAAGUUCCUUUUUUUGUUUGUAGGUUGGUGUUGCCUUCUGAGGAAUCAACGGUCCCGCAUGGGGGUGACUGAUCUUGCUUGCAUUCACAGCAGUUGAGAGACAACGACACAUAGUUCUGUGAUUUUCGGGAAGUACUAAGCAUGGGGGGGGAGGGGGGGGGGUUGGGUGUGUUACCUGGAAAUUACUAGUUAGAGGAAGCUGGGAAGGAGGGUGACUGCAGUGGGAUGCGGCAAGGUCUUUCGUUGCAGUGACAUGAAUGCGGUUAGCCUCGUGACAUGCUAGGGUGAACUGUUCAGGAGGAAGAUGGCCGCCACCAGGCUGAAUGGCAAUAACAAAUAAAUGGAAGAAGAUCGGCAUGUUGUGCUGUCAACAAUAUUAUAAGUUUUGCUCGACUCGGGUGAUCUAACCUGCUGUUGGUGUGCUUCAUGAAGCGCACUAGAGGUGUGGGGUGUUUCCACAAAAAGAGGCUUGAAUGAUUUGCGAGAACGGAUUCAAUUUACAGUUCUGGUAGAAAUGUGUAGCACCCUCGUGUGAUUUGUGGUUGGUUUGGAUGAUGAGAGCUCGUGACAGAGUCCACCAACCGUUAAAACUACUUUUUGGCCGUUGCCGCGCAAAGCUAGGAGUUGGAUGGAGCAAGCAGGUGCUGACAAAAAUAUAAACAAGACAAAGUGAUGGAACGUUCGUGCAGUUCC